AUAUUUUCAUUCCAUUCACCAUAUCAGAAAGCUCAAACUAAUCUCCUGAAAGCAUCUAUUAAUAACCCAAAGAUGUUCACACCCUGGUUGGAAAAUAAAAGAAAAAGGAUACCUUGUUAGCCCACCCUUGGAAUAAAACAAAUUUCGUCAUCGUCCAAUAUUAUCCCGGGACUAAAAAGGGUAAGGAUGGGAAGGAACGGUGCAACCUGAACUCACCUGGGUGGAUUUGUCGAUCGAUGACGUCAUCCUCGACGAAACCAGGCUAUCGCGAUGCGUCUCUUUAAACGGCAAUCCUGUGAUACCAGCCCUCAACUAGUUUCGGCUACUCCGUUAUCUCAGGAUGGAAGUGUGCCUCUGACAGUAGCAGACGAAAAUUAUGAUAAUAAAAGUGAGAAGAUAUCUCAGAAUGAAAAGGACGAAUCGAAAAAUUCCAUAAAGGAAAAUACUUGUAAUAAUGAAAAACCUUUGUCGUCGCAGUCUUCUGUCUCUAAUCGUAAAGGAAUUUCAACAUGGGGCAGGAAAGUGGGUCGAAGAUGGGAUCAGCUGAAGAGAUCAGAUAGCUCCGAAUUGCUUUCGGUUUCCGGCCGAAGCAGAAGAUGGAGUCCAAACCGGAAGGGUGCCACAGACGAAAAAGAAAAUAGCGCCAUUGGGUGGCCAGAGCUACCAAAACCAAAGAGAAUUUCCAGGGUGGAAUCGUUAAGAAAUCUCUUCAGAAGCAGCGAAAGAAAUAGCAGUUUUCUAAGCAAUGACGUAUCAACGAGGAACGUGACUAUUCAAGAAGAGGAUGUCACUUGUAUCAGUCAUUAUCCCAUGGAAAAGGCCCUAAGCGAAGGUGCAAUCAAAAAUGUCCCCUUUAGAAUCAGCCUGGAUGACAGCAGACUGAAUCGUGGGACUCUUCUUCACAAGAAGAAGAAGCAGCUCAGUCGCAGUAUACAGGACCUCCAGGAACAGCAAAGAGUUCUUGAUUAUAUCUUGAAGAAUCAAAAUAUGUUGAAGACUCAGGAGGGAACCACUUUCGCUAAAGAGACUUUAAACAAAGUUAGAAGAAGUACUAGUCCCAAGAGAAGAAGCAAUGAGUCCACUUCUGAUGGAAGUAAGACCAGGGAUUUCUUCAGCAACCAACUCAGUAACAUCAAGAGGAAUUUGUUUAGUGCUCGUUCGAGUGGUAGCGAAUGCGACAGACCUUACACGACUACUGGUUUGGAAGACCUACUGAACAAUCUGCGAUUGGGCUGCGACGAGAGUGGUUAUGAUUCUGAUAGCACCCGAGCUGGAGCCGACUCUCCAGACAGUGAAAACUCAGUGCCGGCCAUGUUGAAACUCCGUAGCUUCUCUAUAACUUCGGACGACUACCAUGGCGUCGAUUUAUCCCUACCAGUUAGCACCCCAAAGGAAAGAGAAGAGAGCGAGCCAGGACCUUCCUGUCUAGAGGACACAGUAGUCAUCACCAAGAACAUUCUCAACGAAUCCAUACAAACGAACACCACGGCCUUGAUGUCAGAAGCUGAAGACACAGACAGCUGUGACGAGGACACCUUCGAAGGAUUUACGGAGUUCCAGGCUAGCUGCGCAUCUCUGCAAGCGGAUACCUUGAAGAAAUGUGAGAAAACCCUGUCCAAAUCUUCGAAUGAGUCAAGAAUACCUACUUCUUCUGGGAACAGCGAACUCAGGUUAUCCGGGAAGAGGUCUUUCGCUAAAACCCAGCAAACAGUGCCACUCUCUCAAGCGGUGAAGCUUCAGAACCUGCAGAAAGAAAGAACAUCUCAGAUUCCUCUGAAAUCUAGAAAGCAUACGCAUUCUAGCACGUUGAAUCUCCUCGAUAAUGCUGCUUCUCCUUGCAAGGACAGCCCCCCAGCUACGAAGAUCAACUCCACCAUUGUUAAUAGUCCUGUGCAGUACUAUAGUCCAAAGAGAACCAGGUCGAGCAUCGAACUCGAUGAUUCUGACGUGAUCAGCAACAGGAACAAGAUGAAGAAGUCCAUGAAUCCUCCUGAAACGCCUGCGAAGACCUUGGUGCGUAGGGAACUGAAAACGAUGAAGCUGACUGUGGAGAAACCAGGUAGCUUAGGUAUCUCUGUGGAGAGAAGAGAGGCUGUUAGACCCUUCUACGUGAUCUCUAAGAUGAACGUCAAUGGAGAGGCAGCUAAAUCAAAGCAGUUUCGUAUUGGGGAUGAAAUUGUUCGGGUCUGUGGACGUAGGCUACGUGGGAUGUCUGCUGUAGAGGCGAGGAAUGCUCUAAGAAGCUGUGUAGGUGUGGUUGAGCUGCAGAUAGCUAGGGAACCGACGUUUAUCUUUGGAGAAAUGUUUGGCGACACCUGGGGAGACAUCUUGGUCCGCACUAGAAGCGACUCCGAGGUGUGGACCUUGAAACAGAACGUCCCUGAUCCCAAACGAGAAGAUCUCAGCAAGACAAUAAAGAAUAAGACAAAUCUGUCUAUCAGUAUGAACCAUGGGAACAUGAAGAAAGACAGUGACCAGGAGAUGACUGGCAUGAAAAAAUUUUACGUAAGAAAACCACCUAUGACCUUGGCUUGUCCUCGAAGAGCGACCAGUUUGUCGAUGGAUCUACUAACCAUCAUUUUGGAAAAGGGUGCCUCGAAGAAGUUAGGCUUCUCCAUUGUGGGUGGUUCGGAUAGUACCAAAGGUUCAAUGGGUAUCUUCGUGAAGGACAUCAUGGCUGGCGGCCAAGCUGCCGAAGAGGGCACUCUAAAAGUUGGAGAUGAAAUUCUGGCGAUCAAUGGGAUAUCCAUGGAUGGAUUGACCCAUGCCAAGGCGCUGCAGACGUUCAAGGCUGCCAAGGCUGGGAAAAUGGUCCUCCAUGUAGGCAGGAGAGACCCAACGCAUAAACGGUACAUUAUUCUAUCGAAAUCGUACGAUUGUCUGGACAAACUAACAGAGACUGGAGACGAAUGAAGAAAAGAAAUAAAUUAAAUCAAUCAGUCAUUAAAAUUAUUCUUGCCAGAAGCCAAGGUGCAUAUAUUUUGCACGUUGUUACGAUUUACAUUUAUGUUAAUUAUUUACCAGCAUUUCACAAAUGUACAUUCCUUUUUCGUUUAGUGAUACGUAAUCAACGUGUAACAUUUCUGCGAGAUUGAUUUAGAUUUAUGUUAAUUAAGGCAAUUAUUGUGAUAUCGGUUAACUAUUUUUACCAGAAAGUGUACUAUAUUUCUUUAGUUCUCUGAAAUUUAAUUUAAAAAUUUAUGUCCUGGAUGUAUUGGUCGGUCAAAUUAUUAUUAAUUGAUAUACGUGAUUAGCAUCGUGUUUCGUGUAAAUUUCAAUUUUUAUUUAAAGGACUCGUUUGUUUCAACGUAUCGUAAAAAAUUAAUAAUCGUAACAUAGUCAUAUCCCGUUAGAUGUAGAACGCUAACAAGUCGGAUUAUGGCUAUUUAAUUAAAAAUAGUUCGGAUUUAACAAAUGUUUCGUGGUCGAAAUAUAUCUUUGUUUAAGUACGAACUACAGAAUUGAUUAACUGAGAUAUACUCACUACUCAAUUUAAUUGUAAGCCUAGUGUUUAGUUGAUUAAUACUUUUAAGCUACUGAGACUGACAUCCAGAAUGUCUACCUGAGAAAUGCUGUGAUAUUCAUUGUAGUCGCAUUAGCUGGUAUCGUACAAAAUGUAUGUAAAAUAAAUUUGGUUUGUUAAUAAACGUACAUACAUGGUUAAUGUACUUUGUAAACUA